GACAAGCUAUCAGCUGGGGACAAGACAGACGCACAUAAUUCACAGCGUUUAAAUUCAAUAGUGGCGCUCCACUAAUCAAGCGCCAUAAUUGUGCGAGUUAAUAAAUUCGAGAAAAUAUUUGCUUAGCUAAUGAGAAUAAAUACCAACAAAAAGGAAACCCGCAUGCAAUGUUGCAGCAAUUUCGUAGUUCAGUAACGUGUAAACAGUUGCAGGCGUCGAAUCGCGCGGCCUUCGUGGCGUAUACUUGAUAAUUCGAAAAUUAAAUCUUAGUUAUUUACUUUUAUCCUGCGUGCAAAUAUGUUUUCGUAUUUUUCCAUACACACAACACUAGUUAUUUUAUUGCUAUAUUUUGUACAAAAGGCCCAAUGUCGUCCUCAAGGCACGGAGAGAAACGCCGUCCGGAUUAAUCCACUGCGUAAUGGCCGUUACAUACCCAAGUUGCAUGGCGCUGAUCGUGGGAAGUAUAUACCCGACGAAAGUGGGAAAUAUCAUCAUGUUAAAGUGCCUUAUAACGGUGGUUAUGGGGAUCGUGGCCAGAUGUACGUUCACGAUGAUCGUGGUCUGCCGCCGCAUCAGUUCGGCACGCCGAAUGGCUUCCAAUUGGGACCGAAGGAUCACUUGCGCUUCUCUAUAGAUUUUAAUUAUGAUGGCAGUGGUUGGCAAAUCGUGCAGUUCGAGUGGGUGAACGACGAUGACGUAAAGAUGCAUUACGACUACAAGUAUGAAAACCAACUGUGGCCUGCGGAUUAUGUAGAUGUGAAUGCUGAUACGGAAUCGACUGCGACAGAGGAAACAACGGAAGGAGAUACGACUAAUGUGCAUGUUUCGGGCGAGUACCAAGAUGAUAUCUAUAAUGUGAAAUAUACGAAUGACAAUGAGCUAAAUGCUCCGAGUCAAUUCAACAUUCAAGCGACUAUAAGUGAUGUGCUCGAUUACAUUCAGACAAAUGUGUUGCCAACACUAACGUAAAAAGACAGCAUUUACUCUGGUCAAAAACCUUUUAUUUUUCUUGCUACUAAUUAUCACUCUUGUAAUAUAUUUAUACUGUGCCUGUAAACACUGGAACUUAAAAUAUUUUUUUUAAAAAUGUCAAUACGUAAUAGUUUAGAUCUUUCAUCAUUGCCAAAUGUUUAGCUGAUCUUCACUUUUCUUCUCCGAUUGCCGAGUCGAUUUGAAGACCUCUUUACCUUUGAAAUGAGUUCACCUGAAAGGUUGUGCUCUAAACUUUUUUAACAUUUAUAUUAACAAUUGCUUAAUGUAUAUUUAUAUAGAAAUCAGGUAUAAAUUGCUAUAACGAUUGAACGAAUAUAAUUAAAAUGUCAAAAA